UAACUUGGAUAAAUUGAAAUGGAUCCGACUCGCAGCCUGGCUUCGAACAAUUGAAAAUUGGGCAGUGGACACUGCUGCUGAAAAUUCUCGGGAAAUUUUGAAAAAGAAAGGGGAAUAAAUAAAAACUCUUCCUCGGCAGCUUUGGCCUUUGGGGGCAAGGCAAAUGAAAUGACGUUUUCGGGGAGGCAUGUGUCUCUUACUUACUUGAGAAUCAUAUGCUCUGUUGUUUUAAUCAUUUUAACGGCCGAGAGAGCUGUGAGUAUAAGAUUUCCCGAUCGGAUCUCGGAAAGCGUGAAGGCUUCGUCCAAUCAGCCUCUGAAAACGGCGGUUUUCGCUCUCGGAAGCUUUUGGAGAUCCGAGGCCGUGUUCGGAUGCUUGGAUGGAGUUGUACGGACCACCGCUGGUUACGCCGGUGGAUCCAAGGCCAACCCCGAGUACAGAAGCUGGGGCGAUCAUGCCGAGUCAGUUCAGAUUGAAUACAAUCCCAGGCUGAUUACUUUCAGGCAACUUUUAGAGGUUUUCUGGUCUAGUCAUGAUUCUAGGCAGGUAUUUGGGCAAGGCCCUGAUGUGGGUAACCAAUAUAGGUCUAUUAUCUUUACUAAUGGGACUGAAGAGUUGAGACUGGCUGCUGUCAGCAAAGAAAGAGAACAAACUGUGUCAAAGAGCAGUAUUGUGACUACUCAAAUUCAACAACUUGGAAAAUUUUGCCCAGCAGAGCCUGAACAUCAGAAAUUUGAGCUCAAAAGAAAUCCUUUCCUCCUUCAGCUGAUGGGGAACUUGCCUGAAGAAGAGCUAGAGAAAUCAACUCUGGCAGCAAAAUUGAACGGUUUUGCAGCAGAGCUUUGCCCACCGAAGGUUCAGCAGCAAAUUAAUGCAAGGAUUGAGGAGAUCAUUAGAAAAGGUUGGCCCAUUUUGAGAGAAGUGUAGUUGACAUGAGGACAUAAAUUCAGAUAAACAGGGCACAGCAGACUGCACUUGCAGUAGCCUAUCACCAAUACGAGUCACCAUGAGCUGAAAGCUGUGCAAGAGGCGCAAGUGAAUGGAAAUCCAUUGAUUCAAUCCACCAUUGUUGUAUGCCAGCCCCUGCUGUAGGUAGUGGCUCUUUGGCCUCUCUGUAGCUUGUAUUAGUGUGCAGACCCCAAAUCUUUUGCAUAUUUAUUUGUAAGAAAUCCCUGUUCUUGUGAACUCCAUACAACGUUAUUAUCUCAUUUUCCUUUAACAUUUGGAUGCAGUUGAAAUUGAAUUUUAACGGACUCAGAUACCAAUUUUAUCCUUGGAACUGCA